UUAUCAUUCCUAUGUAUCUUAGUAUAUAAGGCAUAAGAAAAAAUGUCUUUGGGAUUCUCUAACAAAAAUGGGGCUGCAUAACGUUGUUAUUCUGCUAGCACUUGGAAUUGUUUGGCAGAACGAAUUAGCACAAGCCCGUGUAUGCAAUGCACGAAGUACUGUGAUACAAGUGAGAUUGCCCAAACGAACAAACGUUACGAUCAAGUAUCCUUCUCAAGUGGAUCCAGUGAAGUUCGUGCCAUAUCCAUACGCCCAGUCGGGCAAUAACGGCCAAUGUUACCAGUGCCAAGGAUCAACCUGCCAAAAGUGUGGCAGCUAUAGCCCAAUCGCUCCUUCUCAAAACUUGACACCUGGUACUAGAACGAAUAUUAUAAUAGACAUAGCCAAGUCCAAUAAGCCAAGCAAACCAGACAAUAAUAGUACCAAACCAAGCAAAGACGAUGGCACAUUAAUAGUUGUGCAAGACAAAUCUACAGCAUCCAGCGCCAGUAAAGCUGCAGCUCAAGGAGAUGGAGGGACAGCCUCUGCUGCUGCGGCAUCUACUUCCACGUCUAAUAGUGCUGUUAUCGCCGCUUUAGACGACAACGGAUCUAACACUAAACCAGAUAAGCAAAAUAUCUACGUGGAAGAUGAUACCCAGUCAACUUCGAGUUCAUAUGCUACUGCUACUAGUAACAAGAACCCUACUGCUAUGACAACUCCACAAGAAACACCGUCUCAAAAACCUCAGAAGCCUAUUAAAUCACCGCAGCCUGAAAUACCUAUACUACCAACGUUGCCUGAGAUGCUUAUGCCACCACCACCACCUCAGAUGCCAACACCGCCACCACUGCCUGAGAUGCUCAUGCCAAAACCACCAGUUGAGAAGCCUAUAACACCACCACAGGAUGAAAAACCUAUGACCCCACCACCGCCGCCACCUCAGAAACCAUCGCAUCAGGUACAUCCAAAGCAAAAAUCAGAAGAACCAGCUUCACAACAGAGUCCUUCAAAUCCCAAACAACCUCUUCCAGAAGCUCCAGCCCAACCAACAACAGCAGAACCUUCAACCGCACCGGCCCAGCAACCCAGCCCAGAGGCCGUUGAGAAACCAAAGUCAGCAGAAACGGGUGAGCCAGCAGAACUCACACCUAAACAGGCACCCGAACAAUCCGCACCUAACCAACAAGCACCUGCACAAACCGCACCUAAAACACCAGAGGCCGAAACCUCGGCGCCUCAACAAUCGCCGCCUGACAACCCGGCGUCUCAACAACCGCCGACCGAAAACCCGACGUCCUAACAACCGAAACCAGCACAAACGGGCCAAGACGUAGGAAAACCCACAAUAACAGUUCAACAGCAGCCGCAGCGGCAGCAGCGACCGCGGUAGCAGAUGCGAAAAACAACUAAAUUAUUUAUUUAUCAAAAUAAAUACUAUAUUCUUAUAUUGUAAGUUAUUAAUGUCGUUCGUAACUAAUUAUUAAAUUCAUAUGCUUUUUGUGUAAA